AUGGAGUUACGGGCCGAGGCUUCCGUGCGCCCGAAGAUUCAGGGACUGGCGAGGAGACACACCUUUGCUGAGUUUUGCGACAGUGACCCAUGCAGGGAGAGCAAUGGUGCCCCGGGGGGCCCCUUCCUGAGUCAGCCCGAGCAGGGCCGGGCGGCAGGGGCAGACGUGGGAACGGCGGAGGCGGGAUGCGGUGGAGGCAGCCCCAGCCCUUUGCAGGGCAGAGUGCAAGCCCCACCUUCAGGACGUUUACAAGCUGCUCUGGGCUUCAAAGGGCUGGCGCGGUGUGGGGAGGCGGCACUGGGGGGGGAGAGGGGCCAGUUCGGGAAUCCCCAGCGGCUGCAGGAGAUUGUCUGGGGGGGCUGUGGCACGGAUGCCGGCCAGGGCAGACUGUCCGCGAGUGUAGGACGCUCCAGCAUCUUCCCUCCUGACCUGGACGUUCCGCGACAUUCCCGGGAGCCCUCUUUGCGCACCAGGGUGCCGGCCCGCGGCCCGGGCCGACGGCGCUUCCCGCAGGCGCUCAUCGUGGGCGUGAAGAAGGGCGGCACGCGCGCGCUGCUCGAGUUCCUGAGGCUGCACCCCGACGUGCGCGCCCUCGGCUCGGAGCCCCACUUCUUCGACAGGUGCUACGGGCGCGGCCUCGCCUGGUACCGGAGUCUGAUGCCGCGGACGCUGGAGGGGCAGAUCACCAUGGAGAAGACACCCAGCUACUUCGUCACGCGUGAGGUCCCCCGCCGCAUCCACGGCAUGUCCCCGGACACGAAGCUGAUCGUGGUGGUCCGCAAUCCCGUGACGCGGGCCAUCUCCGACUACGCCCAGACGCUCUCCAAGACCCCGGGCCUGCCCAGCUUCCGAGCCCUGGCCUUCCGCCAUGGCCUGGGCCGGGUGGACACCGCCUGGAGCGCCGUGCGCAUCGGCCUGUACGCGCAGCACCUGGCGCGCUGGCUGCGCUACUUCCCUCUGUCGCACUUCCUGUUCGUCAGCGGAGAGCGCCUGGUGAGCGACCCGGCCGGGGAGGUGGGCCGCGUGCAGGACUUCCUGGGCCUCAAGCGCGUCAUCACGGACAAGCACUUCUACUUCAACGCCACCAAGGGCUUCCCCUGCCUCAAGAAGGCGCAGGGCGGCAGCGGGCCCCGCUGCCUGGGCAAGUCCAAGGGCCGGCCCCACCCUCGAGUGCCCGAGGCCGUGGUCCAGCGGCUACGCGACUUCUACCGGCCCUUCAACCGCAAGUUCUACCAGAUGACCGGCCAGGACUUCGGCUGGGACUGACGGGCCCCACACCCUGCCCAGGGACCCUUGGGAACCUUAAUUUAUGUCCGUGCACUAGCCAGAGCAGGCUGCGUCUGUGCACUGGGCAGAGAGAAUAUUUAAGGAAUAAAG